UAUCCGUUGCAUUUGGCGCCAAUAACACUUUGGUUCCUGGCUGUGUUUAUUUCAGUUAGUACAAAUUAUAAUUCGCGAUGGCCCAAAGUUUUUUCGACAAAUGCGAAGAGUACUUCCAAUCCAGAGAUUUCUACGAAAUCCUGAAGAUCAAGAAAGAUGCUAACGAAAAAGAACUGAAGAAAGCCUAUCACCGACUGUCACUGAAGGUGCACCCUGACAGGGUGGAGGAGAGCAAAAAACUAGAGGCCAAUGAAAAAUUCAAGGUCCUCGGGAAGAUCCACAGAGUGCUCCAAGAUGCUCAGCAGCGCGAGGUCUAUGAUGAAUCAGGCACAAUCGAAGAGGAGGACAACGAUUCCACAUUCAACUGGCGCAACUACUGGCAGAACAUGUUCAAGAAGCUCACGACGAAAGACAUUGAAAAUUACGAGAUGGAGUACAUGGGAUCUGAAGCAGAAUUGAGAGACAUAAAAAAGGCUUACAUUGCCUCGAAAGGCAACAUUGAUUUGAUGUACGAGACUGUGCCUUUCCUGAAAUUGGACACUGAGGAAAGGAUGGUCGGUAUUGUACGUAAACUGGUCGACGAUGGCGAAUUGGAGGAGUACGAUGUAUUCUUCAACGAGCCGAAAAGCAAGAAGGAUAAGCGACGCAAGAAAAUGGAAAGGGAGCAGAAGGAGGCGGAGAAAAUCCAAAACGACACCGAUCUACAAAAUGAGAUUAAGAAGAACAGGGAGAAACGCGAGAGCUCUUUCUUCAAUCUGCUGGACACAUUGGAGAGCAAGUACAGCAACAAGGGCACAAAGAGGAAGGCCAUCAAAUCUACAGAGCCCAAAGGCAAGGGGAAGAAGAAAAGAGUAUCUAAAAAUUAAGGAGACAAACUGUGAUCAACAUAUUAUUAAAGUAAAGAAAAAAAACACUGAUGGAUUUAAUAAGUAAGAAAUAUUUAUUCAAU